CAUUGUAGAGAUAGCACACUGUUUUAUAAAAUAUGCACCUAAUGUCUAUAUCUAGUUCAUAUCUGCAUGAACUUAAAUUGUGUUAGAAGUGUAUCACUAUCUGUUCUCGGAUGUUAUAACUGAAUAUUUCUCGGCUUAAUUGAUUUAGAAAAUCAAGAUUAAAGGUAACAUACUGUUACAACAAUCAAACCUUAAAACAAUGGCCGAAACAAGCAAGAAUGAAGGUGAAAAGGAAAAUUUGCAAUUGAGAAGAGCUACUUAUAAAGGUAUUGCAAUGUUUGAAUGUGAAAUAGAUGAUAUAGAGAAGAUGGACACAAGGGAUGACGAUAUAUGGGUUUGCAGUUUUCCCAGGUCAGGAACUACACUUGUACAAGAACUAACUUAUUUAGUACAAACAUUAGAUUUUGAAACGGCUAGAUCUGUCCAGUUAGAUGCACGGUUUCCACAGUUGGAACAGAAAGACGACCGUUUCCCUUAUUACAAAGGUGUAAAAUACGUUGAAGAAAUGAAAUCACCCAGGAUGAUCAAAUGUCAUCUUCAUCACUUCAUGCUUCCUGUGCAGCUACAGAAAGGAAAAGGCAGGAUUAUUUACAUCGUCAGAAAUCCAAAAGAUAUAGCAACAUCGUUUUACAGAUUGUUACAAUGGGGAGGAUUUGUCUUGGAAAAUGAUAUUGCCUUUGAAGUAUUUGUUGAUGAAUUUGUCAACGGUACAGGACUGUUUUGCCCUUGGCCAAGACAUGUAUUGGAAUUCUGGGAAAGACGGAUUGAUAAAAAUGUACUAUUUCUCAAAUACGAAGAUGUUGUAAAGGAUAAACCGAAGACAGCAAGACAAAUAGCUGAAUUUCUCGGUCGGACAUUGACAGAAGACGACGUCGCGAAAAUAUGUGACUACUGUUCAGUGGACAACAUGAAAAAUAAUCCAAUGUGUAACAUGUCAUACUGGAGGGACAUCAAGAAAGUGUAUGAUGGAGAUGGAGGGUUUAUUAAUCAGGGAAAAGCCGGUGCAUGGAAAAGUUUAUUGACACCAGAAAUGGCAAAGAAAAUAGAAAAACUCCUGGAUGAGAUUAAAGGUUCAGGGCUUAACUUGGAUGACGAAUAGAGCUUGCAGUUUCUUAUGCAACGGGGACCUACAAUCACUGAUAAUGGAUUGCAUAACAUAGAAACAAUGGUGUAUGCUUUAUUCUUUAUAUAAUCAAUUGCAACUGACUUAAUGUCUGUGAAAACACUAUCUGAUGAUUCAACCCUUAAUGUGUUAGGCCAGACUCUUAAUUAAACUACAAUCUUAAAAAUGGUGUUUGUAAGGUAAUUAUGCAUAGGAAAAUAACAUUUGAUCAUUUCUACAAACUACUUACCCGAUACAUAUGAUAUGUCUUGAAAGCACAUAAACACCAGUUCAGUAGAGUUAUUUUUAUAUCUUUCUAGAUUUUUUUCUCGGUUUCAUGCAUAUAAUUAACGUAUGAAUUGUACAGAAAUAAAUGGGAAUGGUACAGAUGUUAUCAGUAUAAGUGAACCACAUCUGCAGCAGUUAAAUUAUCGGAAAUCGGGUAUACACACAACAACAGCAAUAUGAAAUUCUACUGUCUGUUUUUUGAAGCCGUAAAUAGAACAUACUAAAAGGCAGAAGCACAAACAACAAUAUUCUGUCUUAAUUAUAAGGUAUAAGGAAUUAUAUCACAUGACUCCUUGUACAAACCACCAGUCCAUAGUGUUUUGCUGUAGACGUGUUCAUAGUUAAACUCUAAAUUUUGCUGAGCUUAAGUCAAAACUUGAAGAGAAUAAUUAUGAAAAUUUAUUUCUGAUUUCAUGUAAUAAAACACUAAUUGAAUGGCGUGCCGGUCAAAAGUCAAAACUAUCCAUCGGCAAGCCAUUCAUUAAGUGUAUAACAAUACCGGUAUUGUCGCAACAAUGGCACUGGCAUGUUAAAUGUGACCCUGUUCAAAGAGUUAAGUUAUAUGAAGAAAAUAAACAUAAAAUCUUAUAUUUUUAUACAUUUAUGGAAAAUUGUAGUUAACUACAUUGUGGAAUUAUAAAUUGUCAUUUCAAUUUGCAUGAGCCAGUUUUAGGUGUUUAAUUAAUCUGCUCUCGAAUUUCAUUUUUUGCAAAAGUAUGAGAAAAACUAUAUGAGUACUUUACUGAUAUGCGUGUAACUUACUCCGGACUCAAUAUUCGCAUCAUGUUGGAAGCUUCAGAACUGAAACUAGAAACGUUUAUUUUAUUUUUAAUAAUACAUGUCUACACUUAAUUGAUGUUUUCUCUUUAUAUUUAAGCGUGUAACAUGAGAUAUAAUACCGAAAAUAAUCCCUUUUCAGUAAAAAACUAAUCUCGUAUCAAAUGCGCGAUUUUCAAGUAUACUUUAUUACUCACUUAUUCAGUUUGUACUUAGCUUUGUUCAUUAUUCCUAAUAUUCAUUGUUUUAGUUUUACUCUGAUUAAUAAUCCCUUAUAGAUUUAUCAACAUGUACUCAGUAUAAAUGACACGGUUUCAGACAUUCUUUUAAACUGAAAAAUAAUAAUGAAAAACACCCUUAGUCUUUGAAAUAAAAAGUUUUACCACGCAGUAUUACAUGAAUUCUCUGUGAUUGUUAUAUUGUGUAACGUAUGUGAUGAAAUUGACAUGAUAUAGUCGAAGAUAUAUCUUAAGGCAAUCAGUCGACUUAUUUGAUAAAAUAGCCAAAGUAUCAUGUGCGCAAGAAAAAGUUGGGUGUACCAAAUAAAGCUGUUAACUUCUUAA